CCACAACCAAAGGAACUGGAUGCUGACGAGGGCAAAUGGCGAAGGUAUUUGAAGAAGAUCGCACCUUCCCUUUUCGGACUGUGAGCGGAGUCCAAACUUCGGCAAAAAAGUUAUGUCGAGUUACUUCUCCGCAGCAUGUGGAGGACUUUGUUUACAUCCCACCGGCUCUGCCAGAAAAUAAAGCAAGCUUUGAACUUUUAGCACCAGCUGCGGAUGUGUCAGAAGGAGGAGGAGGAGGAGGAUUUUCUCAAGUGCAUGAUUUGUCCAGAACAAAAUCAACUAGUCAGCGGGCACAAGGAGAAGGUGGAUGUGACCAUUACAAGUCAUCUCAAUGGCGUUCAAAUUCAAGUGAUGUACACGGAACUGUAGAAAACCUUUCAACAGCAGCAGCAGAUGGCAGCAAACUCAAAGGAAAUGAUAUUUUGAUCUCCCACUACACAGGAGGACAAAACGAAGCAAUGAAAGCUAUUGUUCAGCGAAAACGGCAGAGUAACCCCAAAGGAAAAAACAUUAAAGUACAGCUUCUGCAGAAGCCUUCUUUUGAAGACACAAAGUCAUUUAUACAGGGUGCUAGAGAGAUCAACUGUAACUCCAAUUCCAUUACGACAGCAGCUGCCACUGCCGCAGCCAUUGCUGCAACUGCCCCUCUGAUUAAGGCUCAGAGUGACCUUGGAGCUAAGAUUGCUACUGUGAAUGAGUUGGUGACUAAACUCCAGGAAAUGGAUCAACAAGUAAAACAGAUUGCUGAAGAGCAAGCAAAGGCUUCAACUCAGGAUCCAAAGUCCAAGAAGCAUACAGAAAGAAUCAGGGAAUUGGAGGCGCAGUUAAGCAUGCUUUUAAAUCAACGACUGAGCCAUCUGGAAAAAAUUCAAGAACAUCAGCUAGAACUUCAGUCACGAAUGUUUACCUCAGCAUUUACAACAAGCCGCAUUCACCGAGAUGGUGCAUUUCCAGCACAUUCUGAUACAUUGUUGCGAUGUUUAGAAACAUGUUCUAAAGCACAGACACUGAAUCAAGGACUCCAGAAGUUGCCUAGCAACAGCAUAAAUUACAUAUCACUCAGUGAUGUGCCAUCUGACGUCCCUACAGCAACACAAGCUUAUCAGAGCCGUCCUGGUGCAUUUGGCAUGGGAAAUUCACUGCAGACCCCAGCACCUCGCAAGUCUGCCCCUGUGCCAAUGUCUAAGGAUGUUCAGGUUCAACAGAAGAUGAAGUCUGCUGUUCAAAAAUCCAAAGCAAAUGCAAAUAUUUCCACAGCUGGACAAGGAAAUAGGAAUUUUUUGGAAGACAUUCUAAAUAAUCAGGAAACUCCAACAAGUGAGAUGCAUGCUGUACAGAGGUCCAGUGUUGCCAUGACGACUGCCGGCAGAUAUCCAGAAAGGUCCAGCUCAAGCAACCCGCUGACUGAAUCGUUUGCAACCUUUGUAGACCCCUCUAGGGGUUCUCGAUCAGCAGCAUGCAAAACUAAACCAGAUGUACAGAGAGCUGCUGAUGUACUGCAUGACCUUGGAAAACUGAAUGGAGAAAUGCACAACAUUCUACAGGAGGCAGAGCAGUGGCAGUCUUGCAUGCAAGGCAUUAAGCUGAAGCAACCUACACUCAGUGCCAAAGGAACAGAAUCUGGUUGUUCACAGAAACCUUCACUGAUUGAGUCAGUAAAGGCACCAAAAUCAAUGUUUGAAGAUGCUGAACAAAUUUUGCGAAAGGUGCAAAUGAACAAGAAAUUUAUUGAAGAAAAUCUUGAAGCAAUUGUUAGAGCAAAGGACCAUUCUUCAUUAUAUUCAAUAAUUGACUCCUUAACUGCAAACAGUGAUGAAGCCGAGAAGAUUCGUAUUGGAAAGACUGUUGAUGCCUGGAUCACAGUUAUUAAUAAGGAUAUCCAGGGUGAAAUUGCAAGGAAGAAUUAUCUUCAAAGUAAAUCAAAACAACAAGAAUUGAGUCUUACAAGAAAAGAACAUGAUGUCAAGGCUAUCAAAUUUAACAAAGAUAUAAAAGAGAAAGCACAAAAUAAACCAGAAUCAACUAUAGACGGACCCAAAAGCACAGCAAGAACAGUGUGGAAGCAACUCAAGGAGGAUUAUGGAAAUAGGAAUCAGGGAAACAUGGCUGCCACACAGUCAUUGCAGAAGAAGGAACAGAAAUCAAAGAUAUCUAUGGAUGGGAUUAUGCCACCUACCCCAGUGUUAAAAGGUGAAGAUUACCUCCAAAAAGUAUAUGGAAAGGCACUUUAUCAGGGGCAUCGCAGUACAUACAAAAAAGGGCCAUAUUUAAGGGUGAAUUCUCCAGUCCCUAAAUCCAAAACGCAAAGGCCUAAAAUAAUUGAGAAUACUAAGGGUGUCAAGGUGAAAUCUGCAAGAACACAAACUAUUCCCUCUGUAUUCAAGCCAGACUUAAUUCUCCCAGUAAGGCAGCAGCCUCCUGCUCCACAUUUUCAGAGCGACCAGUAUCUUUUUAGUCCUUCUCAUCAGAUAAUGUCUGGAUCCAUCAUUUCAGGCCCAGUUGAAGGGCAUCUUGUCCCAAUGGCAAUUGCCUUAGGUGUGCCCCGGGUGGACCGUGCUGUUCCACGACCUGCAGAUUUGAUUAUCAGCAAUGCACAUCCAACUACGUUAACAACGGCCUCAUCUCAUCAGAUACCACAGCCUGAGAUGAAAAAAAACAUAACUGUCAUACACAUGAAAUCUGAAAAGAAGGAUCCACCCAAGCUAACUGUACAGGUAUUGCCCAAUGUGGAUAUUGAUAGUCUUCCAAGUAUUAGUCCAGAAAGAAGCCAGAGAUCACCGAGCCCUGAGCAACAGCAGAUGAUGCAACAGACUGCACCAACUCUGAAACAGUCUCCAGAACUGGUACAAGAUGAGGAGGACGACAGCACUGAAUUCCCAGGAACCAGUUAUAUUGCUGUUGCUGAUUUAUCAAAGGAAUCUGAGAUUGAUACUGAGUAUCAAGGAUCACCCGAACGAGGGAUAGAGUUAGAAGGCUUUGCUGAGUCCAUCUCUGCUUUUAACAAGGGUCCAUCGUUUCCUCCCUUUGUUCCUGCCGUUCAGCCAACUGUUGACAUUGUUGGAGUAAUAGAACGCAACAUGUCCUUAGAAGAUCAGUUGAUCGAGAGAGUUGAACAAGAAGUCAUGUCACGGCUUAUGAGUAAGAUGUGUCCUAUACAACCUAAGUCACAAGUUAUUCAGUCUGAAAGUGAGGAGAGUAUGCUGUCAGACUCAGAUAUUGUAGUAAAGGCUGCUGGUGGAGGAGGCUUGCAGCUGUUUGUUGAUGCAGGUGUUCCUGUAGACUCUCAAAUGGUUCGACAGAUUGUAGAUGAAGCACUUGCUGAAACUAUUGCUGUAAUACUGGGACAGCACCAGAGUGAAAGAAAAGUACCGAUACAGGAACUUACUCAACGAAGAGCACCUUCACCGACAAUGCUGAUUCCAACACCAGAUCCAACCCCCAGACAAACCCCAUCACCUCCAGCAAGAGAUGAUACCCGUAUUCAAACCCCAGACAUCACACCCCAAGAUUCUGUUGAGAAUGAAUCAGGAUCAGAGCCAGAAUUGGAGCCUUUAAUGAAAUCAGCACUGAUCGUGGAUGAUAUCGGACUAAAACCUGCAGAAAAAUCUAGCCCUGUUGUUACUCCUGUUAUCACGCCAAUUCCUACUCUUUCAAGAGUAUCCACACCUUCGCCAAUAUCACAUCCAGCCUUGAGGAGCAAUUCAGUGCUGUUGCAGAAGCUUCCAAAUCCCUGGGGAGAUGCAGAGCUCCCUCUAGAGGAAGAAAAUCCUAGCCCAGCCCAAGUAGCAGCACCACAGCAAAGAGGCAUUAUCAUGUCAGUAGCAAAAGAUGAAGAACCUGAGAACUUAAUUCAGCCUCCUCUACAUUCAACUGCCCCUGAGAGUCUUCCAUCACAUGUGCAAGCUCCAGCACCCCCUUGUCAAUCACUGGCUCAAUCUGCAUCCACUGAGGAGAGUAGCUCAACAAUCUCUGUUACUGAAACCGAGACUGCUGAUCGAAACAUUUCUGAAGGAGAGAUCCUAGUAAGCCAUGAGCAGAUGGCUGCAGCAAACGCCUUAGCAGAAGGAGGUAUAUUUCUUCCAAACCUCAGUGAUAGUCUGUCUAGCACACUCCUUGAUGCUCAAGAAAUGGAUGAAGAUCCUCCCAGUGAGGGACAAGUUAUCUCAAAGCCAUGCAAAGGACUACACAAGUACUCACUUGGCAGAAUGUUACCCAAAGUUAGCCAGUGUAUAUAUCCUCCACAAGUACAUCAUCAUGAGAACUCUGAUAAUGAUAGCAGCACGGGACAGAUUAGUGAAGGCCAAAUGCCCAGACUUACGAAAGCAGCAGAAAGCAUCCUGAUUGGACAGCCACAAAACAUCAAUCGCUCCUCAAUAAAUAAUUACGUAAAAAUGCCACAAGCAAGACGCUCACCAUCACCUGGGCAAUUCAAUACUCAAACAGAAAAGAAUGGAAGAGAGUCUGAAGCCAGCUAUGGACCUCUGACCUUGGGGGAUCUUGAAGUAUACCCAGUCUCGGCACAACAGGUGAAAGUUGUGCCCUGGAAGACUCUUGUGGUGGGCAAUCAGGGACAGGGUGAUGAUGUAGCAGUAACAGAGCAGAAACAAACAACUGCACGAGUGAUACAAGUGGAAAGUAGAACCAAGGAUUUAUGGCCAGGUACAGAAGUUGAAGGGUCUCCUGAACCUCAGGCGGGUCCUUUGAAAAUGUCUGUAACUCUGCCCUCCAUGAAUGAAGACCAAUCUGGCAGCAUAAGCACAAUAGAUGGUGAUGAUACUUCCGGGGCUGAAAUAUUUUGAAGCUUGGCAGCAUUUUCUUAUAAAGCACUUCUAAUACUUUCCAUUUUUCUAACAAUUGUUUAAAGACAACAUAGAUUAACAUUUUAAUAUGCAGUUUUGAUAACCUAUUUAUCUUGCAGUCUCAACUUAUAGCUACACUGCUAAAUUAUUUUCUUAAAUUGAGGAUUAUGAUUUAUCAUGUUAGAAUCUAUGUUUAUAAUUGUGUUUUGGUCACUUAUGAAUAAUAAAUUUGGAGUUUUUUAUCAAUGGAAAGAUUGAUAAUAUUAGUC